UCCUUAGGCUGUCUGUCUGUCUGUCUUGUCUGUCCGUUCACCAGUCUGUCUGUCGUUCACGAUGUUGGGACGCGCUCUACUUCAGACCGCUGUGGUCCUCUGGUUGGUCGGACGCUCUUUUCAAGGAGGAGUGAAGCCUCAGGGAAAUGGAGCUCUGGGUCGCAUGUUCAUGCCAUCAGCGAUGAGAGGUAAUGGUGGUGUAGGACUGGGACAGGGAGGGAUGAAAGCUGGAGGAGCCGGACUACCUCAAGGACUGCAGCCUGGGCAUGGAGUUGGAGCCAAGCCUGCCAAGGCAGGAGGUCGUUACCCGGGAUACGGAGGGUUACCUCAGCAAGGUUUGGGUCCCUAUGGUGCCGGGGCUGGUGGUAAACCAAUGAAAGCAGGCUACGGUGGUGUUCAGCCUGGCUACGGAGCCGGAGCCGGCCUACCUCAAGGACUGCAGCCUGGGUAUGGAGUUGGAGCCAAGCCUGCCAAGGCAGGAGGAUACGGAGGAAAUGGGUAUCCUUAUGCAGGACAACAGCUCGGAGGUCCUGGGGUGAUGGCAGGAAACGGAGGAAAGGGACCUAAAGCAGGCUAUGGUGCUGGAGCGGGAGGCUAUCCCAACGGAGGGCUGCAGCCAGGCUAUGGCGCCGGAGCUGGACUCCCCACUGGACUGGGAGCCAAGGCUGGAAAACAAGCCGGAUAUGGGAACGGUGGGGGACCUUAUCCCGGGGCUGGAUUGGGAAAUGGCUACAGAGCUCCUUAUGGGAAUGGUCAAGCUGGGAUUCCUCAAGCUGGCAAAGUCAAACCUGCAGGCUAUGGCAAUGGAGGGGGUGCUUAUCCAGACGCUGGGCUAGGAAAUGGAUACGGAAAUGGAUACGGUAACGGCUAUGGAGCGGGCGUGCAGCCGGGAUACGGCAACGGUUACCCCAGUGUGUUGGCUGAUGGAGCUGGUCUUGGAGCGAAAGCAGGGAAGGGAGCAGGUCAGGCUGGAGUUCCACAAGCAGCAGGAUACGGUAACGGCUAUGGAGCGGGCGUGCAGCCGGGACACGGCAACGGUUACCCCAGUGUGUUGGCUGAUGGAGCUGGUCUUGGAGCGAAAGCAGGGAAGGGAGCAGGUCUCUAUGGCAACGGUGGUCCCACUGGUAUUGGUGCAGAACAAGCUAAAUAUGGGGGAGCAGGUCCGGGGCCCUAUGGUGCUCAACCCCUCCUUCCUGCUGGACUGGGAGCUGAUGGGAAGGCUGGAAGUAUGGAGGGGGUCAGCUUCCCUAUGGAGGACAGCCAGUGGUGCCGGCCGGACUGGGGCCUGAUGCAGGACUGGGAAAAUACGGCGGAGCUCAGCCUCCCUAUGACGCUCAGCCCUUCCUCCCUGGCGGUUUGGGAGUGGAACCUUCUGCAGCCAAAUACGGGGGCGCUGGACAGCUUCCUUACAAUGGAGCCCCAGUGAUGCCAAUUGGACUGGAUGGUGAGGCAAUCGGACCCUAUGGGGGAGCCCAGCCCUACGGAGGAGGGGAGGAGAAAUCAGCAGAAAAAUACGGCAAUGGAGGCAUGGGCUACAUGAAUGGUGGCGCACAACCAGCAG